AAAUGCAAUGGGCAGUCAACUAGACUCAGCGUCACACCAGCAAUAAAUUAACCUAUUGUCGUCAAGUUUUGAUUAUUAUCAUUUUGCUCUACUUAUAGUUUGUCAAAAAUUUAUUAGGAAUUUAUACUUUUGUAGAAGAAUAUACGUUACUUAUUUAAUUAACCUGGAUCUAUAUGAAUUUUUUAUUGGAAAAUGUUAUAGCAUAAAAGAAUGAGAUACAUAAAAGUCAAACACCUUCAAUACUGCAAAAUUAUACUUGCGACUUCUGUCGUAUGGUUUUUAUUGGAUAUAUUCUUGAUAAUGUACUUUUUUGAGUGCGCAAAUCCAACAGCAAAUUGUGAGACGAAAGUAAAACAGACUGAAAAGCAGGGUUUGUUAAAAAAGAUCUUCGGCUUUGGAGAUAAAGCACCGACUGGACCCGGAGAAAUGGGUAAAGCUGUUCAUAUACCAAAAGCUGAAGAAGAAAGAAUGAAAGAAAUGUUUAAAAUCAAUCAAUUCAAUCUAAUGGCAUCUGAUUUAAUAAGUGUCAAUAGGUCUCUUCCAGACGUCCGAAUGGAGGCUUGCAAAUCUAAAUCAUAUGAAAAUUCUGAAUUAGAUACCUCUGUAAUUAUUGUAUUUCAUAACGAGGCAUGGUCUACACUAUUAAGAACGAUACAUUCUGUCAUAAAUCGAUCUCCCCGCCACCUAUUAAAAGAAAUUAUACUGGUUGAUGAUGCCAGCGAGAGAGAAUUCUUAGGGAAACCUCUAGAAAAUUACAUUAAAAACCUAUCUGUUCCUGUUCACGUUGAGCGAAUGGAACAACGAAACGGCUUGGUGAGGGCCCGUUUAAGAGGAGCAAAGAGGUCUCUAGGCAAAGUUCUCACUUUCUUAGAUGCCCAUUGCGAAUGUACAACAGGAUGGUUAGAACCUCUUUUAGAAGAGAUUCGAAAAAACCGAAGGGCAGUUGUGUGCCCAAUAAUCGAUGUUAUUUCUGAUGAUACUUUUGAGUAUAUAACUGGCUCAGAUAUGACGUGGGGAGGUUUCAAUUGGAAAUUAAACUUUCGUUGGUAUCCAGUAUCCCAACGAGAAAUGGACAGAAGAGGUAAUGAUAGAAGUUUACCAUUAAGAACACCAACAAUGGCUGGAGGGCUCUUUUCAAUUCAUAGAGACUAUUUUUACGAAGUGGGUUCCUACGAUUCGGGUAUGGAUAUUUGGGGUGGAGAGAAUUUGGAAAUGUCUUUCAGGAUAUGGCAGUGCGGUGGUGAAAUAAUGAUAGUAACUUGCUCCAGAGUAGGUCAUGUGUUUCGAAAACUAUCACCAUAUUCAUGGCCUGGAGGUGUAGCCAAGAUAUUAAAUACAAACACGAGGAGAACAGUUGAAGUAUGGAUGGAUAGUUAUAAAGAAUUCUUUUAUAAAGUCAAUCCAGGUGUAGAUUUUAUAAAAUUAUUUAAUUCUUUUCAGACUUUAUUUCAUUUAUCUAUUUGUUGUUGAUAACUGAGCACUAUAACUUAGUAACAUUCAAUAUUUAUAUUUUUUUAUUUCCCUCCCGUUUUAGAUUGUGUUAGAACGAUUCCCCGUCCUUUUAGCAUUGUUUCUUUUCUUUUCUGUUUUUUGCCUGUAUCAGAAAACAAACAAUUUUUACCGUCAAUGAUUGAAUGAAUCUCAUUAUUUAUCUUAACAUAAUUAAAUUACCUAUUCUAUUGGCACAGUAUUAAUGGCUCACUAAUUAUAUUCUUUCAAUUUAUCUUGUUAUUUGAAUAUCUAAUUUCUUUUGUUUCAUUCUAAUCUUUAAUGAUAUUUUGCUGUUUUAACUCGUUUUUCUGCCAUAACCACUGAUAACUCGUAGAGAAUUUUAAUUAAAUAUUGCUAUAAAAGAUGUAUAUUAAUCUGUGCUCAACACAAUCAGUUAUAGAAAAAAAUAUUGGAUAUUUCUUUAAAACAAUAAUAUUUUUCUCUUUAAACAGGUGUUAAGGGAACAGAUUUUGGUGAUAUAACUGAGAGAUUAGCUCUGAGGGAAAAGCUACAGUGUAAACCAUUCCGAUGGUACUUGCAAAACAUUUAUCCCGAGUCUCAAAUGCCUUUAAAUUACGCGUAUCUUGGUGAAAUUCGACAAAAAGCUACAAAUUUAUGUUUGGAUUCUAUGGGAAGGAAGCAAGGAGAAAAUGUAGGAGCUGUUGGAUGCCAUAAUUUAGGAGGAAAUCAAGUAUUCGCAUUUACUGCUAAGAAGGAACUUCAAACUGAUGAUUUGUGCUUAGAUGUUUCAGCCAUUGGGGGUCCCGUUAAAUUAUUCAAAUGUCAUGGGCUAUCUGGUAAUCAGUUAUGGGAAUAUGAUAAAGAGACAUUUGCUCUAAAGCACGUAAAUAGCAAACAGUGUUUAGGUGCUCCCAAAACUGGUGAUAUGCCUACUAUAAGUACAUGCACUGGUGAAAUGUCACAGAAAUGGCUACUAAAAGAUUUUGAAUGGGACAAAUUGAAUGCCUAACAUUUGUCUGGAAAAAACGAAAUGAAACGUAAGCAAAACAAAAAAAAAUACAAAAUCCAGUUAGUUUAAUCAAUUUUAUAUAUUUUUGUUCUUCUGCUUUCGCUCUCUUUUUUAUAUUUAAAGAAAAGAAUAUCAAAUUUAAUUAAUAUAAUCAAAAAGAAAUAUUUAGGUCUGUACGAUAUUCAAUUAUAAACGAAGCAAAUAUGAAAAGUUUUCUUGUAUUUCCGUUUUUAUUAAAAUUUAAGAAAAAGACUGUUAAAACUCUUUUUUAUUAUUAUUUCUAAGAGAAAUGAUAAUUGUAAUAGUACGAGACGUUUUUCCCAUUUUCACUAUAAAAACAAAGAAAAUAAUAACUAUUUGAGAAUGUUUUUUAUAUUUUUCAACUUUCAUUUACAAAUGAAAAAGAAAUAAAACCAAAAUAAUAUCAGAG